AUGGCGCCUUGGCUGCGAUUCGCAGCACUCCCAACAUCCCUUCUCAUCUUGAUAGCCAGGGCAGCCUCGCCGGUGUUGUCGCAGGGUUACGACUGGCCGUAUAGCCUGCCUCCCGAUGCAAAAUACUACCCCGAAGAUGAAGUACUCAUCAAGCGAGAUAUCGACAUUCAACAGAAGUUACAGAGGAAGACAGCUACCGGGGUGAGGAAGAUGAGUGGCGACCCAGGGGAGAAGUUCUAUAUGGACUACUGGGGGUUUGAGCAAGAGGAGGAGUCGAAUAACUAUUCGAGCCCCACGAACGCCACGCUGUUCACCUCGUUUGAAGCGCCCGUGCGCGUGCACUCUCGAAAGAGGAGUCCGCGGGCAGUCGAACCAUAUCUGCGGCUACCUGGCUGGCAUCUCUUCGAAAAGAGAGAUUUCCAGUGUCCGUCAGGCACUUCCCCCUGUACCUCUGUCGACCGGCCCAACAGCUGUUGUGCAACAGGCUCGACUUGCCAGUUGGUGGAAGACACCGGCCUGGGCGAUGUCGGAUGCUGUCCACACGGGCAGGUCUGUGCAGACUCGCUUUCCACGUGUGAGGCGGGUUACACCUCGUGUCCCAAUGACCCAGGCGGCGGGUGCUGUAUUCCUGGCUACGCAUGCUAUGAAGUUGGCUGUGUGCAAACUUCGACGGCCACCCUCCUGACCCCUUCGACGACGACCGUCACCUCUUACACGACUGUAACGCCAUCCGUCUCGUCUUCUCCGAGCGCCUCAACAACACCAACUCGAAUAUCGACCUCGACCCCAACCUCGACCGCUAGCGCAUCAACUCUUCCCCCACAGAUCUCUACAGUCACCCGGACAAUCACAGUCACGUCCUCGGCCAGCAACAGCCUAGCAUGCUCGACGGGGUAUCGGUCGUGCCCAGCCUCUGUAGGUGGUGGUUGUUGCCCGACCGAUCGUGAAUGCGGCUCUGCAAACUGUCCGCCCACCACCACCACCAGCUCCGCAACUGCGGCGCCCCCAGUCCGUCCAACGAGUCUAACUACUACCGAAGAGACCACCACAGUCCCUCCUCCAAACACUAGAUCUACCUCGACACCUACCUCAACGCCCACUUCGACCACGCCAGUCAGCGGCUGUCCCACCGGGUUUUACGCCUGCAGCGCCUACUACCAAGGUGGCUGCUGCCAGAUUGGGCGCAAUUGUGACAAGACAUCAUGCCCCGCAAGUGCAAGCACGACGCUUGUUGACACGGGCAGUCUCACCAUUGUGGCGCCCACAGGCAGCGGCAUUACUGCCCCCGGAUCUCUCUUGACCGGCGCCUGCGCCAACGGCUGGACCACAUGCGCACCGGUUGUCGGUGGCGGUUGCUGUCCUUCCGGGUACGGGUGCGGAGCCACCAGUUGCACGGCCAGUGUCAGUGGUGGCUCAGGCGUCGGCAAGAUGGCGCCCAAUCUGGCGACGAGGGGUUUCUCACGGGACUCUUGGACACUACGGUUGGUGUCAUUUUUGGCAAGUCUUCUUUGGGGAGCUUUAGCUUUUUAA